AUGAACACCACCACGGAUUACUCAAUUGCUGGUCAAAAUACUGCAUUUGAUAGUUCUUUUGUGGGUCUAUCGGGCCUCAUAUUUCAUGAAAUAAUGUUGUCUCAUGGUAUAAAACAUGUGUUUGGAUAUCCAGGAGACAUGAACAAGGAGCAUAUGACGGAACGUUAUGAGAGAGUUAUUG